AUGGCCACGGCUCCCGGAGGGUCUGCGCCGCCCGCCGGCCCCGGCCCGCGCUUGGCUUUCAGCACCGCGGACAGCGGCGUCGGCAUGAGCGGGUUGAACCCAGGUCCCGCGGUGCCCAUGAAGGACCACGACGCCAUCAAGCUCUUCGUGGGGCAGAUCCCGCGGGGCUUGGACGAGCAGGACCUCAAGCCGCUGUUCGAGGAGUUCGGCCGCAUCUACGAGCUGACGGUGCUGAAGGACCGGCUCACCGGCCUCCACAAAGGCUGUGCCUUCCUCACCUACUGCGCCCGGGACUCUGCUCUCAAGGCCCAGAGUGCACUGCACGAGCAGAAGACCCUGCCAGGGAUGAAUCGUCCGAUCCAAGUGAAGCCGGCUGCCAGUGAGGGCCGAGGAGAGGACCGGAAGCUGUUUGUGGGGAUGCUGGGCAAGCAGCAGGGUGAGGAGGAUGUCAGACGUCUGUUCCAGCCCUUCGGCCAUAUCGAGGAGUGCACUGUCCUGCGGAGUCCUGAUGGUACCAGUAAAGGCUGUGCCUUUGUGAAAUUCGGGAGUCAAGGGGAAGCUCAAGCUGCCAUCCAGGGACUACACGGUAGCCGAACAAUGACGGGCGCCUCAUCUAGCCUGGUGGUGAAGCUGGCAGACACCGACCGGGAGCGCGCGCUGCGAAGGAUGCAGCAAAUGGCUGGCCAGCUGGGUGCCUUCCACCCGGCACCGCUGCCCCUUGGGACCUGUGGCGCCUAUACCACUGCGAUCCUGCAGCACCAGGCAGCGUUGCUGGCGGCAGCGCAGGGUCCCGGGUUAGGCCAGGUGGCCGCGGUGGCCGCCCAGAUGCAGCACGUGGCGGCCUUCAGCUUGGUGGCUGCACCUCUGUUGCCUGCGGCAGCGAAUGCAUCGCCUGGUGGCAACGGCCCUGGUGCACUCCCUGGCCUUCCAGCGCCCUUAGGGGUCAAUGGAUUCGGCUCCUUGAACCCCCAGACCAAUGGACAGUCAGGCUCCGACACGCUCUAUAACAACGGGCUUUCCCCUUACCCAGCCCAGAGCCCCGGUGUGGCUGACCCCCUGCAGCAGGCCUACGCUGGGAUACAUCACUAUGCAGCAGCCUACCCCUCGGCCUAUGCCCCAGUGAGCACAGCUUUUCCCCAGCAGCCUUCAGCUCUGCCUCAGCAACAAAGAGAAGGCCCUGAAGGCUGUAACCUUUUCAUCUAUCACCUGCCUCAGGAGUUUGGGGAUGCAGAACUCAUACAGACAUUCCUGCCCUUCGGAGCUGUUGUCUCUGCCAAAGUCUUUGUGGACCGUGCCACCAAUCAGAGCAAGUGUUUUGGAUUUGUUAGUUUUGACAAUCCAACCAGUGCCCAGACUGCCAUCCAGGCCAUGAAUGGCUUUCAAAUUGGCAUGAAGAGGCUCAAGGUCCAGCUAAAGAGACCUAAGGAUGCCAACAGGCCUUACUGAUCUGAGCUCGCUGACCAGUCAAAGACAGAAACUGAAGAAUGAAGAAAGGAAACGGAAAAGCACAGAAAUGCUGGAGCGGCCCUUCCGGAAGGAGUGGCGGCAGACGGCUGUGGAUCGGACCCAGGGCUGGCGCCUGGGGCUCAGGCCACUCAUCUCAUGGGUUGUUCCAUGGAGCGCUCAGGCUGGCAAGGCAACCAGUGCUGGCUGAGGAUCGACUGAUCUAAGGGAAGCAGCAGAGGGCCUCGGGGGUGCCAAGGGCUUCUCAGCAAGGGAAGCCCAGACUUACUUCGUUCAAAAUCAUAUCAUUCCUUAGUGUUUAGGGACCAAAGGACUAUUGCUUUUUUUAAGAAUAUAUAUAUAUCUAUAUAAAUUAAAACAAAGAAAAAAACAGGAGACAAGAAAAAAAAAAAAAAGACAGUAUAGAGUCUCAUAAAAGCUGCCUUUAAAUAUCCCCAGGAGACAGGGUGAAGGAGACCCUUGAUAGCCCCAGCCUAGGCAGAGGAGGCUGUGGAAAGAUUGUCCUGUGUCUCAUUCCUUCUUAAAGUACUCCCUGACCCCACCCUUUAAGAAUAUGAUAAAGGAUGUGAAGUCUAGGCUCAUAUUCAAGCAACAAGAGGGUCACAGAAGCAGUGAACCCACCAUCCCCAAACGCAGAUUGCAUCCCUGAAGAGGCCUCAGGAGGAGCUCAGGCCUGCUUUGGUCUUUGCUACCCUAGGAGGCUCCCAGCCAUCAGAAGUGGGAACCUGCCUUUCCUUCCUGACCCGCUUUCCUGUGGAGCCACAGCCUCCCCAGGAAGAGAGAGAGAGAGAGAAAGAGGAAGAGAGAGAGAGAGAGAGAGAGAGAGAGAGAGAGAGAGAGAGAGAGCCUUUUACUUCCCAGUCCAGGUAGACCAAGGCCUUGCCUUUGGCUGAGCUGAGACACCUCCUGUUUCCCCUCCCCUCACAACUACCCCAGUGUCCCCUUGCUCCAGGCCACCUUCUGUCUCUUAGUCUAAGUUUGCCCACUUGUAAAGUAGACUCAAGAUAUAUGUAGAAGGCUGUGAUAACAGAUGUGGAAGGCUUGCUGCUGUAAAUACUGCCUCUGAGAAGGGAUCCUUUUCACUAUGUAGAAGCUUCAGAAUUAGAGGUCCCUCUUUAACCAGGACCUGGGAGGGAAGUAGAUGUUUUGCCAAAAUACUAAUUCAUUCCUUUAAAACGUACAUCUUUCCUAUGCAAGCGUGUCUCACAUGUGCUUACCCAAGGUGCUUUUAGAUGGUGAGCAGUGUUCAGUUUAGAAGUGGUGUGUGCUCUUUCUGUCUGUCCUUGUCUGUCUGUUGUGUACAGUGGGUUCCAUAUAAAACUGAUCAACGGUG